GUACAUGGAGCUCUGAAACUUACAGUUGUCCAUUAGCACAGAAAAAUGGACUGCACUUUAUCUUUGAAAGUACAAGAAUUAUAAUGAAUAAAGUGUACAUGAAUUUGUGAAAAACUUUUUUUGUUGCUCACUACGUCAAAUUUCUUGACCAAAUUUUCGUAGAUGACGUCAUAUUGCCGCCAUACGGAAUUUGUAGAAAAUAACGAGUUCUGUUCAGAAUUCUUGACUUGAUUCCAUUUUCGGUUAAACCGGAGUUGAAUUCUCGAUGGCUUUAUCAAACACAUUUUGGCUUCAAUGAAACAUCUGAUUGGAGCUGUGUAAAAUGUUUUCGUUGUCACUCGUUAUUCUUUCUACAGAAAAACAAGUAUAAUCCAUCAUACUCUAUGAAAAUGUAUCAUGCAUGAUUACCAUUGCUAAGGCGAGAAGUUAAAGAUUGAAAUAAGAACUGGAAGUGAAUUCUUGGAGAAUGCUAAUGGUUUAAUUUUGACUUUUGACAAAACAAAUAUAUCUUUCUUCAAUUGAGGUAUUUUUCACCAAAGUUUUAUUUUAUUUUGAGAGCAAAAAAGGGUUACUUUCCAUAACGUAAGCCAUUUCACGGAAAGUUGAGUAUAUAAAUUUAAUUUUUCGAUUAAUUACCAAAUUCAUAGACAAAAUUCAUAAAUAUCACAUAGUAAUACGUAGUAACUUGCAGGGUGAACUUUUCAAAUUGCCCUUUAUUACACUCUAACAGAUUCUGUGUUGAUUUAGCCUUCAGAUUGUGCUAGGUUGAGGAACCCAGAAAAACAUGAAAAACAUUGACUCCUCCACAAACUUUCUUCCAAAGAAUAAUUAAGUUGUAUACUUUUCGAAAACUCUCUUUCCUCUUAUCAGAAAAUAUUUUUAUAUUAACUAAAUGUCUUUCUCUUCAUUAGGAUGAGGAAGCAAACUAUGAUAGCUAUUGUGAGAAUGACAUGAAUACUGCAAGUGAAAAUUUUGGUAAGGAAAUAUCCCAACAACCACUUCCAACCCCGCCAAAAAAACAGAAGCGAAAUAUUCUCUCAUAUCAACAGCAUGAAUCAGCAGAAAAUAAUAAUAUAGAGAGGACCAUUAUAAACUAUGGAAAAAUAAGUCAGUUUGAUGAAGGUUUUGGAAUUGACCUGUUACAAAGUAGUAGGACAUGGACAAAAAAAAAUACAUGCCCAUAUUGUUUUCUUGAAGUAACACAUUUUCCGAGGAAUCUCGAGAGAACCCAUAAAAAUGAAGUGGCUGUGAAAGAGAUCAUAGCCUUGCCCCCGAAACACCAUAAGAGAAACAUGUUGAUAGAUACUAUUCGUAGACAAGGAAAUUUUUCUCUUUAUAAUCAAGAAAAUAAAAUUCACCCUAUCAAAAGACCAAGAGCCAACGAUCAAGAGGUAGAAUAAGUUAUAUGCGAUUUUUGACUCGGGUUCUAUAAAAGAAAUUAUUUGAGGAGGCACAGAAAAAAAUGCGAUUUAAAAUGUGAUGAAAACUCAAAACGUGCCAAUCAUUUAUCACAGUCACAAAUAUUCACUAUAUGUGAGGGGGUAAAUAAAAAAUUUUAUGAUUCUCUCAGACUGAAAAAUGAAGUAUUCACUUUUAUGAGGAAGGAUGAGAUUUCUAAAACUGCCAUGAAUGAUGUACUCAUCUGCAGCUAUGGGGAAAGUGAAUUAUCAAAACACAAGAGGGUUCAGAUAAGAACAGUUAUUUCUAAUUUAAUGCGAGAAUUAGGUCGGCUUCUGAUAGUUCUGAAACAAACAACUGCAGCAAAUAAUCUCAUGGAGGUUUUAAAACCAGAAUAUUUUGAUAAUUUGGUGGUAGCCACCAAAGUAAUAAGUGGUUACGAUAGUGAUUCCAAAAGCUUCAAAUCUGCAAGUCUAGCUCUACAUAUGGGUACACGGCUCAAACAAGUUUGUAACCUAGCACGAAAACUUGUCAUAAAGAAGAGCCGUUUUCUUCAUUGUGAGAAUCCUGAAAAAACGUUGAAAGAUAUCAAUCGUUUGAAGGAACUCAUCAGUGAUCACUGGUAUACAGAUAUAUCCAGCUUGGCACUGAAAGAUUUGAAUGAAAAACAUUGGCAGAAACCAAAACUAUAUCCUUUGACUAGUGAUAUUAUAAAAUUCCAAAAAUAUGCCCUAGAAGAAGCUCAAAAAGCAAGUUAUCUAAUGGCUGAUGCCAAAGAUAUGAAAAAUCAAUUCAGAAAACUCACAGAGUGCGUUCUGAGUUUAGUAUUGCUUCUUAAUAGAAAACGUAUCGGUGAAAUACAAUAUUUGAAACUAUCAACAUACAAUUCUGAUAUCUCACACUACCAGCAAGAAGAAUUC